ACUCCUGGACUUCAAGCAUGGCCAAAGGUUCCAGAUCAGCUCUGGCUCUGGCUGUACUUUCAUUCAGGAUCCCUCUUUGGCUUCCCAAAGUAAGAAAGGCCGAAGUUCUUUUUUCCAGUUUCCAGCUUGUACAGUAGUAAUAGCAUUUUAAGGAUCAAGAAACGUUUAAUAAAUGUAGGCAAUGGGUUGAUAACCAGACAAAAAUCGAUUAAGUCACUUAAAGGGUCACAGAGUGAGUGUCGGAGGAGAAAUUUGAAUACAGAUAUAUAACCUGACCGCAAACCUUAGCGAUCUGUAACACUACAGAAGACUCAGGCUGAUUUAAUCAGGGCGGGAUGGAGGGCCUCAUAUGAGCCUACGGAAAAUCCAGUAAAAUCAUACUGCUAGGUGGGUGGAGCACCAAAGAGAUGGGGGAGGUAGUGUCCAAAAGCGACUUUGAGGCAAAGGUGUAUAGGAGAGGGCCUGGAAGGGAGGGCCUUAAGGAACCACGCGACACCCAACAUCCGGGUCCUCGUUCGCUGCCCGGGCAAUGGGGUCUGCCAGGCAAAGCCAGUAGACAAAGUACGGAACUAGGGACUCCUAUUGGCCUUUCCAAGACGAAAAAAGGUGGGACAAAACAUUGUUCCUCCUGGUUGGUCCUUUCCUUCGCGCCCGCUGGUCAGUCCGCACGAACAAUACCCUUUCUUUCUCUGGCCUUCCCAGCACCAUGUUAAUUGAGGAUGACAUAAUCUUUUCACGGGAGCGCGCAGCUUCGUAAGUCGAGAGCGCGCAUGGUUUCCCUUCUCUCUAAAGAAAACCUGUUUGAGGAAUGCGCUAUGGCUCUUUCUAAAGGGCUGAAUGCACGUGAUGUGAUGUCAUCAAUCAUUCAGCGAUUACAUUGAAAUUCGAAGAGGUGGGAAGGAAGAAUUCCCCCCGGGCCAACUGUUACCAAAAAACAAAACAAAAAAAAAAAAAAAAAAAAAAAAAACGGGGUAUGGAGGGGAAAAGGUGGACUCCAAUGACUCGCAGGUGUCCCUCGGGAGCUUUGGGUCCCGUUUCUGCAUUUCGGGGCGGAGGCUUUGGUCCCUAGAGAGCAUCCGUAGCGCAACACGCAGCGUCCUGGGUUACGGCGCCCGGUAACAACCACGCCCUCGGCAGGAAGUCGUCCCCUGCUGGUCCUAAGUUCCCUCCGCUCAAACUUAAGCGGGCAAGUACCAACUGCCCCGAGCCAUGGACGCUUCCCAUCGAGCGACUGUGCUCGCCUCGUUCCGUUACCGAGCCCCGCUAAAUCCGCGCUCCAGGUCGUCAGGCUUCGACUUCUGUGAGCAAGAGUGCGCCAGCGAGACCACGGAGGAGGAAUCAAAUGAGGAGGAAUCCAAUGAGGAGGAGGAUGAUUUUGAAACUGACAUUUCUAUGGUGGAUGAGCAAAGCCUUCAUGAGAAUAGGAGCUAUGAGGACUUAGUGAGCACUUCUGAAAUCUGUGACUCCAAUCAAGAGUAUUUUAGGAAACUUGAAGAGCUGAAGGCAGCCCACAUGAAAACAAUGGCAAAAUUAGAGAAACUGUAUCAAAAUAAAUUGUAUAUAAAAGGAGUUCAGCCAGAUACCGUGAAGGAACAGAUGCCUGGCCCAUGUUUUAGCUCAGUGUGGAUCAACUCCUCCUAUCAACCUGCCAUUUUGCAAAAAUCAUUUUCUGAUUCUGAUUUGAAUCAGCCUUCAGUUAGUGUAUCAGAUCUGUCUGAACAUGGAUUUUCCAAUAUAGAAAAAGAAACUAUGAAUGAAAUAAAAAUGAUGACUUCUGCUAAAGAAUACAUCAAGAAUAUGUGGAAUGAUUUUUCUGUGAAGGACUAUGCUUAUACUCACUCUGAUAGUUCAGACUCACCAAUAAUUGAGAAACCACAGAAAAAACCAAAGGAGUGGGUGCCGAAGAUUACAGUGCCUAAGCCCUUUCAAAUGACUAUCCGAGAAGAAAGGAAAAAAAAAGAGUGGCUCAAGUCGCGCUCAGAAACUGAGAUGGCCUUUAAACUGCUGAAUAAGCAAGAAGGAGAAGUGGUCCAGAAAAGAAGGUUCCGAGCCAAUCCCGUUCCCGAGUCUGUUUUCCUCCCCCUAUAUCAUGAAAUAUUAGAACGGAAUGAAGAAAGGAAGAAGUCUGUGAAGGAGAGAAGCAAAAAGAUUCUUCUGGCCUCCCAAAAGCCAUUUACAUUUAUUGCAAGGGAAGAGCAGAAGAAAGAAGCUCGGAAGGGGCAGCUGGCUGAGGUGCCAAAGCCUGAAAAGAGAAAGAAUCCCUUUAAGGCCAAACCUGUUCCCAGGUCCACCUACAGCCCCCCUCUCAGUGACAGACUCAAGGAGGAGGCAUUCUUCAGAGAAAUUAGGGUACAUUUGAGAGCCCAGAAGCUCUUGCAGAACUCAUCCCUGCCCAGAACCAUGCAGACUCACCAGUCGCCCUCCAGGAGGAAGCCAGAGCACAUGGCACAGGGCGAGAAGCCCCGGCGCAGGAACAAGUCCAGCUGCCGGGUGCCUGACUUUGAGAGGCUCCAUACCAAGCUCCAGAAGCAGCUCUUGGAGCACAAGAAUCCCAGGCCCACUACAGUCUGUGAGCCAUUUGAUCUCUUAACUUUGCGAAUUCCCUCCAAAAAGGAGAAAAUUUUGGAAGAUAUUCAGGCUGAUGAAGAACGUUUAAAAGAAACACGCUGGCCCUAUCUGUCUCCUCGAGGAAAAGUACGGACCAGGUGCUCAAGGGCAGAACAUUCCUUCUGCGAAUCAAGUGAAUCAGAAUCUCCCAGACCUACCGAGUCUUCCAGAAGGAGACAGCAAGCCAUCAGGAGAUCCCUUGAGGAAAAGAAAACAUUAGAAGAGGACCGAAAACGGAAUCUAGCUAAGCAGAGACAAAGAAUGAGAGAAUUGCAGAAACUCCUGGUAGCCCGAGCUCGGGCUAUUGAUACACACCAAAGUUUAGCUCAAAUGUCUAAAUCCAGAAUGACAACGCUAAGAAAGAAUGAGAAGGAAAGGAUGAAAGAGUACCUACAAGAACUAGAAGAAAUAGAAAAAAGAUUGAAGAAGAGGCCAUUACUGUUUGAAAGAGUUGCUCAGGCACUUGGGGGUCACACAUUAAAAAAUGCAAGAAUAUCAGCCGAAAAGAAAUAUUCUAAAACUUUAAGAGGACUAGGACUUUGUGAUGAGUUUGUGUCAAAGAAAGGCCAAACUGCAGAGUAUUUGACAGACCAAGAGAUUGAAAACUACUCUGAAGAUGAAGUAAGCCUUGAUGAAGACAAAGUAAGAGAACACUGGGGAGAAAAUGAUCAGGAUGGCUUUGUCAGCCAAGAUGAUCUCAAUCAAGACAGUGAAACUCAUGAAGAUAGUGCAGAAGAAACUCCGCAUUGUUAGAGAAAGAAGUGGGAACAAUAAAAGCUUUUUAAAAGUACCAGAUUUCUGUUGAUUACAGCUAACAACUGACAUGUUAAGUACAUCCUUGGAGGCACAUUUUUUAGAUACAGGUCUGCUGCAGUCUGGAAAAUGUUGCAUUUCUGUUUAAUUUUUUAUCUCUGCCCCCCCCCCCCCCCAUCCCAAAUCAUUGCACAUAGAUGCUUUGUAAAGUAAAUCAUGAAACAUGCCUUUUUAAAAGAAAUGUAAAAAAAAUUUUUAAUUAAGUGUUAAUAUGCAAUUAUGGAUUAAGUAUUGUUUUUGUUUUUCUUUGCACACACCAUUGAUUAUAUAUCAGCAUUUGUAGUUCAAAUAAAAGAAUUCUUAAAAGGA